CGCAGGCGCGGGCUGAUGGAUGUAUCGAGGGGGAGCUCCGGAGACAGGGAAAGGGAAGCAGUUUGUACCCAGGCAGCAGGAGCAGCCCCAGCCCCAGAUCACUCCCCGGCAUGUCGGAGACGCCUCGCAGUGAGGAGCCGGCAGUCGCCCCGGAUCUGUUUAAGGAGAUCAAGUUCUUCGCGGUGGGAGACAUCGAUCAGCAGGUGAUUCAGCUGCUGAAAGCUGGCAAGGCGAAAGAGGUUUCAUAUAACGCAUUGGCGACGCACAUUAUUGCGGAAGAUGGUGACAACCCAGAGGUUGGCGAGGCUCGGGAAGUGUUUGACCUGCCAGUGGUUAAGCCGUCCUGGGUGUUUUUGUCAGUACGGUGUGGCCAGCUUCUUCCAGUAGCUGGCUUCUCUCCAGAAGGAGGACAGGUAUUCUCGGGAGUUGCAGCCUGCCUAUCACGGGUUUCCACUGAAGACCGCAAAACACUAUGGGCUUUAAUAACGUUUUACGGAGGGGACUGCCAACUCAAACUCAACAAAGCUUGCACCCACUUAAUCGUGCCUGAACCUCAGGGGGAGAAGUACAACUGUGCUUUGAGUCGAAGCAGCAUUAAGAUAGUGACGCCAGACUGGGUGGAGGACAGUGUCGUGGCAAAAUCCAGGAAGGAUGAGUGCACGUAUCACCCUCGCCUUGUCAUUCCGGAGGAGGAGGACGAGGAGGAGCUGGCCGGAAACGACGAGGAGCCUGAGAUGGACAACAAGUGUUCGGCCAAGAGCAGCGCUGGGUCAUCGCGGGCAGGCUCUCCGCUCAGCGUGCCGGGCUCGCCCCACAGGCGGGGGGGUGAGAAGGCCCAGAAGGCCACCAGCGAGAUCAUGUUCGACGACUCCUCGGACUCCUCACCCGAGAAGCAGGAGAGGAACCUGAACUGGACCCCGGCGGAAAUCCCGCCUCCCAGCGCCGCGAAGCGCCGGCUGGCUCACGGGAAGGAGUCUGCCCUCAUUAACCUGUGCGCCAACGUCCCGCCGGUGCCCAGCUCCGUCUCUCACCCUGAGGCCAGAGUUGGCUUGGUGACGCCUGGCCAGGGGCCUCCGGGCCCUGAGAUGGCGACUGCCUGGAGUCCCGCCGUCAGGACUCUGCGGAAUAUAACGAAUAACGCUGACAUUCAGCAGAUCUCCAGACCGUCGAAUGUAGCGCAGAUCUUACAGUCCCUUUCCGCUCCGACCAAAAACCUGGAAGCCGCUAGUCAGAACCAGCAAGGCCCGGACCCAAGACAUCCCAGUGCCAUCUUGUUCACACAGGUUAAGCAGUUGACCCCCGAGGCACAGCAGCACCAACUGCUGCAGCUCCAACAGCAGCAUCUGAUGCAACUGCAGCUACAGCAGCAGCAGCAGCAGCAACACCAUCCUCAAUUGCACCAGCAUCCGUUCCAGCAGCAACAGCAGCACGGGUUCUCCCAACAGCAGCAGCACCAUCACUUACAGCAGCAACUACAGCAGCAGCACCUCCAGAGGUUACAACAGCAACAUCUACAACAGCAGCAGCAGCAGCAUCUACAACAGUUACAGCAGCAGCAGCAGCACCAUGUCCCACUGCAGCAGCUGCCAAUCUUCGGGCACGAUCCAGGGCUAGAAAUCCCAGAAGAGUCCUUUUUAUUGGGUUGCGUUUUUGCAAUUGCUGACUACCCUGAGCAAAUGUCAGAUAAACAACUGUUGGCAACUUGGAAAAAGAUUAUCCAAGCCCAUGGUGGAAUUGUAGAUCCCACCCUGACCAAUAGAUGCACACACCUUCUGUGUGAAAGUCAGGUCAGCAAUAUGUACACCCAGGCCUUGAGAGAAGGAAAGCGAUGCAUCACCGCUCAUUGGUUGAACACCAUUUUAAAGAAGAAGAAAAUGAUUCCACCUCAUCGAGGGCUGCAUUUUCCUGUCGCUUUCCCGCCAGGAGGCAAGCCGUGUUCACAGCACAUGAUUUCUGUCACUGGCUUCAUGGAUAACGAUCGAGCUGACUUGAAGCUGAUGGGUUAUUUAGCCGGGGCCAAGUAUACGGGAUACCUCUGCCGCAGCAACACUGUCCUCAUCUGCAAAGAACCGUGUGGAUUGAAAUACGAGAAGGCGAAGGAGUGGAGGAUACCGUGUGUGAACGCUCAGUGGCUCUGUGACAUUCUCCUCGGGAACUUCGACGCAUUGCGACAGAUUCAGCACAGUCGCUACACAGUGUUCAACCUCCAGGACCCUCUUGCCCCCAAUCCACAACUGGUUUCAAACCUUUUAGCUGCUUGGCGGAUGCCACUGAAGAUCUCUCCGGAGUUGUUGAUGAAUGUACGUCUCCAGAUUAAACAGAAACAAAAUGAUUAUAACGUUCCACCUCCUGUGAAAAGAGCAAGGAUUGAGGAUCUGCCACCACCAUCAAAAAAGCUCCCUCCAGAGUCAACACCAGCAGUGCUGUUCACAGGAUUUGAGCCUGCCCAGGUUCAGCAGUACAUCAAGAAACUCUAUGUACUUGGUGGUGAAGUUGCCGAGUCUGCUCAGAAAUGUACCCAUCUGGUGGCAAAUAAAGUGACACGUACAGUGAAGUUCUUGACUGCCAUCUCCAUCGUAAAUCACAUUGUCACACCUGAGUGGUUAGAGGAGAGCUUUAAAAGUCAGAAGUUUAUUGACGAGCAGAGUUUUGUCCUGAGAGACGCAGAAGCAGAAGUUCUCUUCUGUUUUAGUUUGGAGGAGUCACUUAAGAGGGCGCAGAAUGCUCCUUUAUUCAAGGGCAAGUAUUUCUACAUCACUCCUGGGAUUUGCCCCAGUCACGCAACGAUGAAAGCCAUCAUAGAGUGUGCGGGUGGUAAACUGCUGCCUAAACAACCUUCCUAUCGCAAAAUCAUGGAGCAUAAACAGAACAAGAGUUUGUCCGAGAUAAUCCUCAUCUCAUGUGAAAACGAUCUUCACUUAUGUCGGGAUUAUUUUAUCCGAAGUAUCGAUGUUCACAACGCAGAGUUUGUUUUGACUGGUGUCCUGACGCAAACACUCGAUUAUGAGUCAUAUAAAUUCACCUGAAAUGAUGCUGGGUGCAUGGUGUUGCACAGCCAGAUUUGCCAGAACAGUGUUGAAUCAAACUACUGAGGAGCUGGGACAAGUGUGUUGUACUUUCCUGUCGACUGCCACUCUACUGUUCAGUCUGAAGAGUCUUCAGUGAAACAAGCAGAUUCAGGCAGGAGAGGAAGAAGAAAAGCAAUUUGCAUCUUUUUAAGAUGUGUGUUACUUAAGAAACAUAUUUUGUUAUGUUUUACUCCAGUGCUGGCUUGUUUUCUUACUGUAGAAUAUUGUACUGAUUAUUUUAGCCAGUUCAGAUAGUAAUCGAUUAUUUUUAAUAAACUGUUUUUAACUAUGACUGUGGUACAAGCCCAUAAAUAAAAAAAUCUAGCUCUAACUCUUGUUUAUUAUGAAAAUUUUAUAAAGGGCUGUUGUCUGAUAAAUUAUGGAUGUUUUGAAAUU